CUCUGUGCCAUCGUCGAGGCAAACACACGGUGAGUGCGUGCUGAAAGCGGAGCGCUGUAGGAGGGAAGACGAACGCGAGCCACGCAUCCGCAUCACAGAGGAGGAGGAGGGUGGCGAGGUGGCAUCGCCCGCAGGAAUCCAGUUGUAAAGUCCACACACGAGGCAAAAAUGCACUGAGAGGGGAAAACUGCGCGGAGCUCGGUCGUUCACCAAAGAUUACCUGACGGCACUGAGACAUCUGAAGUAGAGAAAUAUAAUAAAUAAACGCUCCGGACAAGUUGUGAUUUCAGAGGAAAUCCGACUGGAGAUGAAUACCAACGAUGCCAAGGAGUAUCUCGCGCGGCGGGAGAUACCUCAACUAUUUGAGAGCCUGCUGACAGGUUUGAUGUACUACCGGCCCGACGACCCCAUCGACUACUUGGAGGGCUGUCUGAAGAAAGCCAGGGAGCUUGGUGGACCAGACAAGGUGCGGUGGGAUACCUUCGUGGGCCAGGAGAAGAAGUCCCUUCCCCCUCUCAACGGUGGCCAAUCACGCAGGUCCCUCUUCAGAAAUGUGUUGCCCGACAGUCCCAAUUUUCCCUACAGACGGUAUGACCGGCUCCCUCCCAUCAGCCAGUUUUCCAUCGAGAGCGACUCGGACCUGUCAGAGACGGCGGAGCUCAUAGAGGAGUACGAGGUGUUUGAUCCCUCCAGACCGCGGCCCAAAGUCAUCCUCGUCAUCGGAGACAACAAUAACUGAGAUCAAGCAGAAGAUCAUGAAGAUCCCAGAGGCUAGUGGUAUCGUCAUAGAUGGCUUCCCUCGAGACGUCGGACAAGCCCUGUCCUUUGAAGACCAGAUCUGCACUCCUGACCUGGUGGUGUUCCUGGCCUGCACCAACCACCGUUUGAAGGAGAGGCUGCAGAAACGAGCCGAGCAGCAGGGACGACCGGACGACAACCCCAAGGCCAUCGACCGCCGCCUGACCAACUUCAAACAAAACACCAUUCCUCUGGUCAAAUAUUUCCAGGAGAGGGGCCUUAUUGUUACGUUGGAUGCUGACCGAGACGAGGAGGAGGUCUUCUGUGACAUCAGCAUGACUUUGGACAACAAGCUGUUUCCCUCCAAAGAGCCUGCAGCCGGUCCCAGUGAACUGGACCUCAGUCUACUGGGUGAAACCAGCAGCCUCGCAGAUGUUGCUUACAAGUAUGAUGAGGUUGAAGAGGAGGAAGAAAUUGGGUAUGCUGAAGGAACCAUGGAAAGUGGUCCAGGCUCAGGGAAAUCUCUGCAGUGUGAGCGGAUGGAGGAGAGGUUCGGCCUGCGACGCAUCACCCCGGGUGACCUGCUGUGUGCCGAGCUGCAGUCUAACAGUGUCAGAGCGCGUCACCUGCGGGACAUCCUGGAGAGAGGAGAGCAGCUGCCCGAGGACACACUGCUGGAGCUGCUGUGUGAUGCCGUGGCGUUGUCGGUACGGCAGGGGAAAGGUCUUGUGAUCAGCGGCUUCCCCAGAGACCUGAGACGGGCAGAGGAGUACGAGGCCAAGGUGGGGGAGCCCAGUGCUGUGUUCCUGCUGAGCUGCUCAGCCGACACCAUGUCCGGUCGCCUGCAGUGCCGUGGCAGAUCCGCCGCCACCUUAGACAGAGACGGCGUCCUGCACAGGAGGGCUGAGAGCUUCUGCAGUGACAGCCAGGCAGUGGCAUCUCAUUACGAAGGCAAGAGGCUUCUGCACACGAUUGACGCUGAGAGGUCGCCAGAUGAAGUGUUCGCCCAGAUCUGCCAGGCGAUGGAGACCUUCUGAUUUCUACAAUCUCCUCCACAUCGACCUCCCCCCGCCCCGCCCCCCUCGACCUCACCCCAACUGGUCCACCUGUGAAGACCUUCUCUCUCUCUCUCUCUCUCUCUCUCUCUCUCCCUCCCUCUCUCCGCUGUAUCACUCCAAGGAGACUCACCCACGUACCCUCACACCUGCACCAGACAUAUGCUCAUUGAACUCCAGUGGUAUGCAUGUCCCCAAACACUCCCAGCAAUCAGUGAAACCUCUUUUCUGCUUUUGACACUGAUGAAGCGCCUGGUUGUCACAUUCUGCUUCACCUUACUGGCAUUGUCUCUCUCUUACAUUGACCUCAAUAUAUGCUGCCAACUGCCGGACCGAGGCAAAUAACUGUACUGAGAAAAUAGCAUUCGCUGCUGUGAGUGAGAGCAUGUUUCUAGUUGAAUGUGAAAUCUCUCUCUGCCAUUCCCCCCCCUCUCAACCCCCACCCCCGAGGAGCUGAGAGAGGGUUCCCGCCACGCUAGAAAGUGGAAAUUUCAGUGUGUGGUCAUGCUCUCAUGCACAGCAUCAUGUUUUAUAUUGUAACAAGCAUGCAAGAAUUACAAUCAAGCUUAACUGCCUUUUGUGCAUUAAAUAAAAAGCAGAAAAGAAAUAAGAGUAUUAAAGAAUAUCGCAUUUGUAUGUUUCUGAGCUCAUCGUACAGGUGCUUGUUUGAGUCUGGUAUUUAACAUUCAAUAAAGCCAGUGCAUUUGCUAAAUGGAGGAUUUCUGAGUGUGUGCUUUGGUGUUUUGUGUGUGUGUGUGUGUGUGUGUGUGGACAGGCAAUGGUCACAGCUGAUCUGAUAGCCCCAUCUGCUGGUGAGAAGAUCACAACAACAAAAGGUGCCGGAAUUAUAUGAAAGAUAACCAAAAGGGGGUUUCACAUUAAAAUGCACAGACAGAAUUUGUGUAUCCACCUUGAUACAGAACG